CGUGUAGUACUAUGGACACGGCAAGCGGACGUCUGCUCAAACUUCAUGAACUAUGAGAAGAGUUGCGACCACAUAUUUGGAUGUGCUACGUUAGCGGUCUGAACACCGACUGCCUCGCAGUUUCAGGUUGAACUUUGAUGAAAGAAGUUUUGCAUCCAAGCCUUAACAACACGGCGCUCACCGGCUAAGUUAGCGCAUUAGCUAACUGGAGUAGCCUCGGUUGUAGCGAUAGCUGUCCGUUAUGCAAAUCAAAUAUUGUUUUAUGACGGAAGCCAGACCAUGAAAACACAACGAAGCAGUCAACUGACCGCCGCUGACGUGCUAUAAUUACAGAAACCGCAUUAGUUAUCUUGCUAAUAUUAGCACGUCGUCGGAGCAGCAAAUAGUCAGAGCGGACUGCCAAAAUGAGCUCCCUUCUCCGGGGUGAAGAGAUGUGUCUGGCCCAACUGUUCCUACAGUCCGGAUCAGCAUACGACUGCAUCAGUGAACUUGGAGAACUGGGGCUUGUGGAGUUCAGAGACCUCAAUCCCAGUGUUAACGCAUUCCAGCGAAAGCAUGUCAAUGAGGUCAAGAAAUGUGAAGAGAUGGAGAGGAUCCUGGGAUACCUUCUCAGGGAAGUCAAGAAGGCGGACAUUUCACUGCCAGAAGGAGAUGUGAACCCAGUGGCUCCUUUACCCAAGCACGUCAUGACCAUAAUGGAGCAGCUGCAGAGGCUAGAAGUAGAGUUAGGUGAAGUCACAAGGAAUAAAGAGAAGCUGCAGAGGAACCUACUGGAGCUGACAGAGUACACACACAUGCUGCGCGUCACCCGCAGUUUUGUACAGAGAACUACGGAGCGAGAGCCCCUGCAAGUUCAGUAUGAGGAGUUUCCCUUCCUAGAAAAAGACGCAAUGAUGGACUACAGCAGCAUGCAGAGGCUAGGAGCCAAACUGGGGUUCAUUUCUGGGCUUAUUCAUAGAGUGAAGAUCGAGGCCUUUGAGCGGAUGCUUUGGAGAGUAUGUAAAGGAUACACAAUCCUCAGCUAUGCAGAGGUUGAGGAAUAUCUGGAAAAUCCCGACACAGGCGAGCCCACCAAAUGCGUGGUGUUCUUGAUCUCUUACUGGGGAGACCAAAUUGGUCAGAAAGUGAAGAAGAUCUGUGACUGCUAUCACUGUCACUUGUAUCCCUAUCCCAGUAGCAAUGAGGAGAGGAAUGAUGUUGUGGAGGGACUAAGAACUCGCAUUCAGGACCUGCACACAGUACUGCAUAGGACAGAGGACUACCUGAGACAGGUCCUGAUUAAGGCUUCAGAAUCCGUCUACACCUGGGUCAUCCAGGUCAAGAAGAUGAAGGCCAUCUACUAUAUUCUGAACCUGUGUAGUUUUGAUGUCACAAACAAGUGUCUGAUCGCUGAGGUGUGGUGUCCUGUCAACGACAUUCCCGCCCUGCGGAGGGCCCUGGAAGAAGGAUCGAGAAAAAGCGGUGCAACAGUUCCUUCCUUUGUCAAUCGUAUCCCCACCAGUGACACUCCCCCCACCCUGAUCAGGACCAACAAAUUUACCUCUGGCUUCCAGAAUAUAGUGGAUGCCUAUGGAGUGGCCAGUUACAGGGAGGUUAACCCUGCUCCUUUCACAAUCAUCACUUUCCCAUUCCUGUUCGCUGUGAUGUUCGGAGACCUGGGCCACGGAGUCAUCAUGGCUCUGUUUGCUUUGUGGAUGGUGUUGUAUGAGAAUAACCGCAAACUUAAAAACACAAGGAAUGAGAUCUGGAACACAUUCUUUGAGGGGCGUUAUAUCAUCCUGAUGAUGGGCCUGUUCUCCAUCUACACUGGCCUGAUAUACAACGACUGUUUCUCAAAGUCCCUUAACAUCUUUGGUUCUGGAUGGAAUGUGACAGCCAUGUUCAGCGCAGAGGUGUGGAAGCCAGAUGAUAUUCGUGGGAAUCGUCUUCUGACUCUGGAUCCAAAUGUUACGGGAGUUUUCAAGGGGCCGUAUCCUCUGGGAAUUGACCCGAUUUGGAACUUGGCAUCCAACCGCCUCACAUUUCUGAACUCCUAUAAGAUGAAGAUGUCAGUGAUAUUGGGCAUCAUACACAUGAGUUUCGGGGUCAUCCUCAGCACAUAUAAUCACUUGCACUUUAGGAAGAAGCACAACCUGUACUUGGUCUUUCUCCCUGAGCUCCUGUUCCUGCUGUGUCUGUUUGGCUACCUGGUGUUCAUGAUAUUGUACAAGUGGCUGGUGUUCUCUGCUAAGGACUCCAGACAUGCCCCGAGCAUCCUCAUCCACUUCAUAAACAUGUUCCUCAUGCAGAGUGAUGCCGUGCAGCCCCUCUACCCAGGACAGACUGGCUUGCAGAUAUUUCUGGUGGUCAUUGCUGUUCUCUCAGUGCCUGUCUUACUCCUGGGGAAACCUGUCUACCUUUAUUGGCUUCACAACGGAAGCCACCGCCUAGGAAUGUACAGGGGAUAUGAGCGCGUGCGACGAAACAGUGAAGAGGAGCUGUACCUGAUGAGGGCUCACGACAUGGAGGAGGGCAGCAGUCACAGCGAUCUCUCUUCUAGUGGAGAACGAAAUACAGAGGAGUUUGACUUUGCAGAUGAGCUCCUGCAUCAGGCCAUCCACACUAUAGAGUAUUGCUUGGGUUGCAUCUCCAAUACAGCCUCCUACCUAAGGCUCUGGGCUCUGAGCCUGGCACAUGCCCAGUUAUCAGAGGUGCUGUGGGCGAUGGUGAUGCGAGUAGGACUGCGCAUGGACACCAUUGUCGGGGUUUUUUUCCUGGUGCCCGUGUUUGGCCUGUUUGCCGUUCUCACUGUGUCCAUCCUCCUGGUAAUGGAGGGUCUGUCUGCAUUCCUUCAUGCCCUCCGGCUGCACUGGGUGGAGUUUCAACACAAAUUCUACAGUGGGAAUGGAAUCAAGUUUUGCCCCUUUUGCUUCUCUCUCCUGCCCUCCAGCUUUGAGCAUGACGGCUUACUGUGAAGGCACUAUCUGUUAAUUCUGCUAUGUGGUAAACAGAGCCAAAGCAAGCCUGCAGGUUUCUAUGCUUCUGAAGACAUAUUCUAGACAUGUCAAGUGGUUAUGUGGGAUUUUUCUUUUCAUCUUAACACUUUGUCAUGCAAAGGAAUUGUGGUGAGCUACACAAACUUUGGACUGAAACAUGCUGCUAAAGGGUAUUUUUUACCAGGAUCAGUAUGCUAAACUGCAGAUCAUCAAAAAUUUGUCUGGCAGUUAUUGGUAGCAGUUGUUGACGUCUCCGGAGAACCACAUCUGCCAAACUUACAAUAAAUAAGUAAAAAGGGUAUUGGAUUUUAGUAUUAUAAUAAUAAUAACGUAAAGAAGACCCCAAGGGUACACAGACAAAACUUGUUAGAAUACAUGUGCAUUCUUUUCAUGGGAUUUGCUGCAUAACAUCCACCUUUUCCUUUUAAGAAUAAUGUUUAAGAAAAAUGUUAUCCUUAUUUAUUUUUUUCUGUUUCUCUCCAUUUCUUCUGUCUAUUUUCUUCAUCAUUAACUUUGGCACAAUUGUGUAUAUUCAUGCAUAUCCCCCCCCAAAGAGUUUCAGUUUUGGCAGAUCUGGUUUCCAUACACUGGAUAGCGAGCCACCUAUGUUGCACUGGCUGCUUUAUGGAAGUACAACCAAAUGACAGCAUACUGUAUGAUUCUUUAGUUUCCCUUGUAGAAACACUACAACAGAUCAAUGACUUUUCAGUAUGAAAAUUGCUCGGGCAGGUGUGUGAGGAGAUGUACAGUAUAUACUUUUACAGAAUUAUUUUUUAAUUUAUUAUAUUUUAAAAUGUUGCAUCACAAUUAAAGGUGAAUGUUAAUGGGAUAAGAUUUCUACUUUUAUGCCUUCACAGUGUUGCCUAUGCAUCUGUCACUUUCUGUACAAUUUAACAUUCCGUGCAUGGAAAACUUAAAUCAUUCAUUUGUUGACUUAGGUUUUACAUACAUAUUCAACACAAUAGUUCAACUGUAUUAAAUUUUAUUUGGAGAAGAUUGAGUUAUGUACUAAUAUCAGGCAUUUGUAGCAUUUGCUAAUUUUGUGGAUUUGUUAAUAUUCUAUGGAUUUGGAAUUUUUUUCUAAGGGAAGGAGACUUAAUUGUCAUCGUCACAUUAUUGCAAUGUCUGCACUUUCAUUGGCAACUCAGUUUGCUACAAUAAGAUACUGCCAAACAUUUCUGAAAGUCAUGACCUUGUCUAGUUUCAACAGUGAAACAAUAUGGAGUGAAAUUGUGAUGUUGCAGUCACUGUUUUAUUGUGGCGAGUGAUAUUAGAUUAGCAAUUAAUUGCAAUAGAUAAACACGUAGUUGAAGGGAUAUUGUAAUUUCUUCUAAUGCAGACCUAGUCUUUCUAUUCUAUUUACAGUUUUUUUUCCAUUGACAAACACUCCAUGCUCUUCAUUUGAGAAAAUCAUCCCCCUGUCAAUAAUAAAUUGCAUUUGUUUGA